AUGUCGAUGGGUCCCGCCGUCGGUAUCGACCUUGGUACCACGUACUCUUGCGUGGGCAUCUUCCGCGAGGACAGAUGCGACAUCAUUGCCAAUGACCAGGGUAACCGAACCACCCCUUCUUUCGUGGCCUUCACAGACACCGAGCGUCUUAUCGGUGAUGCCGCCAAGAACCAAGUCGCCAUGAACCCCCACAACACAGUCUUCGACGCCAAGCGUCUGAUCGGCCGCAAGUUUUCAGAUGCUGAGGUCCAGGCCGACAUGAAGCACUUCCCCUUCAAGAUCAUCGAGAAGGGUGGCAAGCCCGUCGUCGAGGUCGAGUUCAAGGGAGAGACCAAGCAGUUCACUCCCGAGGAGAUCUCCUCGAUGAUCCUCACCAAGAUGCGUGAGACCGCCGAGGCCUACCUCGGUGGCACCGUCAACAACGCUGUCGUUACCGUCCCCGCCUACUUCAACGACUCUCAGCGUCAGGCUACCAAGGACGCCGGUCUCAUUGCCGGUCUCAACGUCCUCCGUAUCAUCAACGAGCCUACUGCCGCUGCCAUUGCCUACGGUCUCGACAAGAAGAUUGAGGGCGAGCGCAAUGUUCUCAUCUUCGAUCUCGGUGGUGGUACCUUCGAUGUCUCUCUCCUCACCAUCGAGGAAGGUAUCUUCGAGGUCAAGUCCACUGCUGGUGACACACAUCUUGGAGGAGAAGACUUUGACAACCGUCUGGUCAACCACUUCGUUAAUGAAUUCAAGCGCAAGAACAAGAAGGAUUUGGCUACCAACUCUCGUGCUCUGCGCCGUCUUCGCACUGCUUGCGAGCGUGCCAAGCGUACCCUCUCUUCUUCCGCCCAGACCUCCAUUGAGAUCGACUCUCUUUUCGAGGGUAUUGACUUCUACACCUCCAUCACUCGUGCUCGUUUCGAAGAGCUCUGCCAGGACCUCUUCCGCUCCACCAUCCAGCCCGUCGACCGUGUCCUCGCUGACGCCAAGAUCGACAAGAGCCAGGUCCACGAGAUCGUUCUCGUCGGUGGUUCCACCCGUAUCCCCCGUAUCCAGAAGCUCAUCACCGACUACUUCAACGGAAAGGAGCCCAACAAGUCCAUCAACCCCGAUGAGGCUGUUGCCUAUGGUGCUGCCGUCCAGGCUGCUAUCCUGUCUGGUGACACUACUUCCAAGUCCACCAACGAGAUCCUCCUGCUCGAUGUCGCACCCCUCUCUCUCGGUAUUGAGACCGCUGGUGGUAUGAUGACCAAGCUCAUUCCCCGCAACACCACCAUUCCCACCAAGAAGUCCGAGGUCUUCUCCACCUUCUCCGACAACCAGCCUGGUGUUCUUAUCCAGGUCUACGAGGGUGAGCGUCAACGCACCAAGGACAACAACCUGAUGGGCAAGUUCGAGCUCACUGGUAUCCCUCCCGCUCCUCGCGGUGUUCCCCAGAUCGAGGUUACCUUCGACCUUGAUGCCAACGGUAUCAUGAAUGUCUCUGCCGUCGAGAAGGGCACUGGCAAGUCCAACAAGAUCGUCAUCACCAACGACAAGGGACGUCUGUCCAAGGAGGAGAUCGAGCGUAUGCUUUCCGAUGCCGAGAAGUACAAGGAGGAGGAUGAGGCUGAGGGCCGCCGUGUCGGCGCCAAGAACGGCCUCGAGUCCUACGCUUACUCUCUCCGCAACACCCUCAGCGACCCCAAGGUUGACGAGAAGAUUGAGGCCGCCGACAAGGAGACCCUCAAGACCGAGAUCGACAAGGUUGUCGAGUGGCUCGACGAGAGCCAGCAGGCUACUCGUGAGGAGUACGAGGACAAGCAGAAGGAGCUUGAGGCUGUUGCCAACCCCAUCAUGAUGAAGUUCUACGGCAGUGGUGGUGAGGGUGGUGUCCCCGGUGGUGCUCCUGGUGGCUUCCCCGGCGCUGGUGGUGCCCCUGGCGGCGGCCACGGCGGCGACGACGGCCCCACUGUCGAGGAGGUCGACUAA